AAUUCACCCGCCUUCUCCUUCAAUCUUUGUCAGUUUGGCAUCACAAGGGGAAAGGAAUCGUCAGCCAGAGUCACGGUAUGGAGGCAAUUCGGAGUCAGCAAGGCAUACACAAUGGAAUCUACAUACUCAGGGUUUGAAACCGGUGCAUAUAAAGGAUUCCAGAUCGGCACAAAGGAUCUCAAAGAAAUAGGCCGCGAUUUGUUAUUAGGCAUAUUGGAAGCAUGGAAGCUAUCGCAUCAACCACGCAAACAAAAUAAGGGUAGCAUGAAGAAAAAAGUAGUUGCUAAAGUUGAUAUCGCAGCUGGAAAACAUUAG